ACAGUCCCCUUGUGGGCGUUGUGGCCUUGCACUCGUACUACGCGAAAAGAAGAUAAAUAGAAAAUGAAGCUACAAAUCAAGAAAAACAAUGCGCCACAAAAAAGAAAAAAAAAACAGAAAUUUAAAAUAGCCUUUAUUACCAACCACUUAAAGCUCACCCCCAAAUCCACCACACUUCACUCUUUGCGCGACACAGAAAGUGAGGUUGAGAGAAAAUGGCGAUGGCAAUGGCGUUGCGCAAGCUCUCCAAUUCCGCCAACAAGCCUAUUCGUACCGCGUUCAAUGGCGCUCCUCUCUACUUCAUGUCGACCGAAGCGGCGAUCGACAAGGAGAAGCAAGUUUCUGUGUCGUGGCCGAAGCAAUUGAAUGCGCCACUUGAGGAAGUUGAUCCUGAAAUUGCUGACAUUAUCGAGCACGAAAAGACCAGACAAUGGAAGGGUCUAGAACUUAUUCCAUCGGAGAAUUUCACUUCACUCUCUGUGAUGCAAGCUGUUGGAUCUGUCAUGACCAACAAGUAUAGUGAAGGAUAUCCUGGAGCAAGAUAUUAUGGAGGAAACGAGUUCAUUGAUAUGGCUGAAACCUUAUGUCAACAGCGUGCAUUAGAAGUUUUUCGAUUGGACCCUAAACAAUGGGGAGUGAAUGUCCAACCUCUUUCUGGAUCACCUUCUAACUUCCAAGUCUAUACUGCUCUUUUGAAGCCUCAUGAAAGAAUCAUGGCUCUUGAUCUCCCACAUGGUGGACAUCUUUCACAUGGAUACCAGACAGACACCAAGAAGAUAUCUGCUGUGUCUAUAUUUUUUGAGACAAUGCCAUACAGAUUGGACGAAAGCACUGGUUAUAUUGAUUAUGAUCAGAUGGAGAAAAGUGCCACAUUAUUCAGACCCAAAUUGAUUGUUGCUGGAGCAAGUGCCUACGCACGACUUUAUGAUUAUGAACGUAUCCGCAAGGUAUGUGACAAGCAGAAAGCAAUCAUGUUGGCUGAUAUGGCACAUAUUAGUGGGUUGGUAGCAGCUGGUGUGGUACCAUCACCGUUUGAGUAUGCUGAUGUAGUGACCACAACAACCCACAAAUCCCUUCGUGGACCUCGUGGAGCAAUGAUUUUCUUCAGAAAGGGUUUGAAGGAGAUUAACAAACAAGGGAAGGAGGUGCUGUAUGACUACGAGGACAAAAUCAAUCAGGCUGUCUUUCCUGGUCUUCAGGGUGGUCCUCACAAUCACACGAUAACUGCUUUAGCAGUCGCUUUGAAACAGGCUAUGACUCCCGAAUACAGAGCAUACCAAGAACAAGUUCUUAGCAAUUCCUCAAAAUUUGCAGAGGCUUUGACUGGGAUGGGGUACGAACUUGUUUCCGGUGGAACAGAUAAUCAUUUAGUUUUAGUGAACCUGAAGAACAAGGGUAUUGAUGGCUCCAGAGUAGAGAAGGUUAUGGAAGCUGUACAUAUUGCAGCCAACAAAAACACUGUGCCUGGGGAUGUGUCUGCUAUGGUUCCUGGUGGCAUCAGAAUGGGAACACCGGCCUUAACAUCUCGAGGUUUUGUUGAAGAAGAUUUUGUUAAGGUGGCUGAGUAUUUUGAUGGUGCUGUUAAGCUGGCUCUAAAGAUUAAGGCUGACACUAAAGGAACAAAGUUGAAGGACUUCAUUGCCACCUUACAGUCAGGUGCUUUUGAUUCAGAGAUUGCAAAUCUAAAGCACGAGGUUGAGGAGUAUGCAAAACAAUUUCCCACAAUCGGAUUCGAAAAGGAAACCAUGAAGUACAAGAACUAAACUAGCCUUAAUACAAGUUACAAGGUAAUUUGAACUCCAAAGAAGCUGAUGGAACCAGAGUGGCAUAACCAAAACUGAGGAUAAGGAUAUACCUGUAUAAUCUUAUAGCCGAGUGCAAAGUCAAUGUAACACAUGUUUACUGAACUCCAUUAGCUGUACAUGUAAUUCUUCUCUACUUUGCUGUAAAAAUACAUAUGUAAGGAUCAUUGGUUGCAUCAAUAAAUUGAGUCUUGAGAGUUGAUACCAA